AUGGCAUCUACAAGUGCCGAUUCGCAGUCGUCUAUCGCACAGAAAACAUGGGUUAUGUCGAAUAACAUCGAAACUGUGUCUAGUGUGGACGAAAUCUAUCGUUACGAUAAAAAACAACAACAGGACAUACUUGCAGCGAAACCUUGGGAGAAAGAUCCCCAUUUCUUUAAAGAUAUCAAGAUCUCUGCGUUAGCUCUUCUCAAGAUGGUGAUGCAUGCACGGUCUGGUGGUACAUUGGAAGUUAUGGGAUUACUUUUAGGUAAGGUAGAUGCAAAUACAAUGAUAGUGAUGGAUUCCUUUGCUUUACCUGUGGAGGGUACGGAGACCAGAGUGAAUGCUCAGGCACAGGCUUAUGAGUACAUGACUGCAUACAUAGAGGCUGCUAAGCAGGUUGGUCGUCACGAAAAUGCCAUUGGUUGGUACCACAGCCACCCUGGCUAUGGGUGCUGGUUGUCCGGCAUUGAUGUCUCCACACAGAUGCUAAACCAGAACUUCCAGGAACCAUUUGUAGCCAUCGUCAUUGAUCCCGUCAGAACUAUCUCCGCUGGCAAAGUCUGCCUUGGAGCUUUCAGAACCUAUCCCAAGGGCUACAAACCAGCAAACGAAGAGCCCUCGGAGUACCAGACAAUCCCUCUCAACAAGAUCGAGGACUUUGGAGUGCAUUGCAAGCAGUACUAUUCACUAGAAGUGUCCUACUUCAAAUCCUCGCUUGAUCGGAGACUACUGGACUCUCUCUGGAACAAGUACUGGGUGAACACACUCAGCAGUUCCAGUUUGAUCACUAACGCCGACUAUACUACUGGACAGAUAUUUGACUUGUCGGACAAGCUGGAGCAGAGUGAAGUUUGUCUUGGCCGCGGUGGAUUCAUCGUCGCCGGCGCUGAUCCCCAUGAAAAGCGAACUGAAGAUAAACUCGGCAAGGCGACCAAGGAUGCUUGUAAGACUACCAUCGAGGUGAUCCACGGUCUCAUGGCGCAGAUGAUCAAAGACAGACUGUUCAACAGUGUCAGCGGACGACCUGCACCUGCCACACCCAUGAUUGAGUAA